AUGGGUGCUUUCGCUUCGUCGCCCAUCGACGCCGUUCGUGUGGAACGCCGCACCUCACAAGGGUCCUGUAAAUGGCGCACUGCGGUGGCCGAAAUGCAGGGCUGGCGCAUCACUCACGAGGACUUGCAAAGACGAGUCACAUGUGCUACGAAAUCCAGGAGCCCUUCACAGCAUGCAGCAGACGCGCAUUUCCUGGAGGCCGGCCACGAAGGCUCCGCGAGCGCCUUCUUUGGGGUUCUGGAUGGCCAUGGCGGGAAGAAGGCCGCGUGGAGACUGUGUGCUGCCCAACUGUCCUGCGCAUCACAAGAUGCCAUGUCCAAGGGGUUCAACCAGUGGCUUCCACACGUUGCAGCCAUGCCGGAGCCUCGCAUUCCUCACAAAAGAGAGGUCGCUCAAGAUGCCGAUGAACCGGAAGGCAUCAGCAUUCAGAUGCCGGGCCUCCUUGAGGAGCAGUUUGCGCUGCUGCGGGAGGGCCUGGAAGCGGACGUGACGAGUAUCUUGGUUCGCCUGGCGGCCAUCGAGGAGGCCCUUGGACUUCCCAAAGCAAGCGAUUCAGAAACGCCGGAGGCCAAGCCGUCUUCCCUCAAGGUGACGGUGAGGGAAGCCAGGACUGGUCAAGAGCCGGAGGAUCUUACCGACGUCUGCUUCGAGGCUAGCACCUGGAGCGUUCCACUGCUCAUUGGAUUGGUCGAUGCGGGCUGGUUCGACCAUGCUUUUUCGAUCAUACUUGUUUUACUGAACCUUUUUAUGCAGGUGGCGUUCACCUGGGUUCUUCUCUCGGAAGGGUUCAUGGGCGACAGCUUGGAGAAGGAGAUUGACAGCGCCAAGAUCUGGCGCACCAGUGUAGCGCAUGAUGCCAAGUAUCUGGAUUUGUCAUCCACCAGCUUGGUGUCCAGAGUUUGCAAUGGUGACUCAGCGCUAAUUCUGUCCACAACCCAAGCGAUACUCGUCAAUCACGUUAACAGCUUCCUCGGCCUCGAAAAGACGCAGAUUGAGUUUCCCUUUUGGCAACCAGGUACGCUUCUAUGUCUCCUGUGUAUUGUUUUUUGGAGCUUGUGCAUCUACCAGGAGUUUCGCAAGAUUUGGCAGCAGCUUGAGGCGACGAUUGGGAUUCCCAAGUCACAUCAAUCAGUGUUCCGCAACAACUCCUUUGAGAGCCUAUCUUGGUCGCGCUUUUUUGUGUUGCUGGUCAUUUACUUGGUUCGGGCGGUGAUCGCAUCUCUCUUGAUGGGGGCAGGAAUUCUUUGGCUGGCUCGAACAACAAGCAUCGAGGAGUUGAUGUUGAACGCAGUGGCCCUCAACGCCGUUUUGGACGUUGACGAAUUCCUAUUCGAGGGCAUGGCCCCCAUCAAGAUCCGUCAGAGGAUACAUCGUCUUGAGCCGGUACAAGUCAGCUACAGCCGAUGCCGAAGCCAGUUCGAAUCCCUGGUGCACUUCGUCUCUCUGGUUGCUCUUGUUCUUGUGGUCUAUUUCUCUUUGCUGGUUCCUCUGGGUGACACGAUGCUGAAGGUGAAGAACGAGCUGUGCGGUGGAACGCAGACAUUCGUUGUCCGCUACAAUGAUGACACCCAGAUACCAUACGGUUUCUAG